CCGCAAACGUGUUGACUUUUCUUCUACUUAUACUUUUCCCAUCAUCAACCUCCUUUUAACAUGUGUUGAGAGAUGUAAAUAGAAGCAGGAUAUACCUAUCUUACAAGCAUAGAAAAACUAAACGAUGUACCAGCCAGCGUGGAUACCAAUUAGUCUUGUGGUUAUUUCGCUAUUUGUUAGUAUUGGUGCGUUAUUUUGACUCCAUGCAACCUUGCAUGGUACAACUGAAUGGCAUUGGAGAGAAACAACGAAGAGGCUAGCUCUAUUAACCGUAUUUUCGAAAUAGCCAAAAUGAACUCAAAGGCAGUGCUGAUAUUUGGACGCCUUCUUGUUAUAAUCGCAGUAUUAUGUGAUAUGACAAUAGCGAGGCCAAUAAGUGAUAAAACGCCUGAUAAAUCUAUUAGAAGACAAUUACAAGUAACUGACUCCAAGAUAAUUAACGAAUCUGAUAAAGAGGAUUACGAUUCUCACCUAGCUAAUUUUCUGGAUUACUAUCCUGAUUACAAUACGGAUCUAAACGGUGAUUAUAAUUACCCUGGUGAUGACGACGAUUUGCUUAAAACGGCGACAAAUAAGAAACCCGAUCGUUUCGUUCCAUCAGAUCGAGAAGAAAAUGAUGGUUAUCCAACUGACGAAACACCCAAAAAUGAAAUGGGGACAUUUCUUCCAAUUCCAAUGCCUACAGACUUUGAUAGCUAUGACGUGAAUGUAACAGAUGGGUUUAUCUCGCUUGCUGAAUUAGUUGCUGUCACCGGUGCUAAGGAGAAUGUUGAACUUGCAUUUAAAGCUUCGGACAUCGAUGGAGAUGGUAGACUGACAUUGGAAGAAUUCAAAGAAGCGCCUCUUAUGCUCCAAGGAGAAACACCAUACGAUAUAGAAACAUUGGUAAAUGUAGAGAGGGAACUUUUCACAGAUGAAACCGCCAUUGGUGAUUUAGUUCGCAAGUUGGGAAUAGACGACUCUGGGAAUCAUGAGAUGGUUGAACGUCUUAAAAAUACAUUGGCUGAAGUAAGACAAAAUGAGGAUGAUGUUGAAUCAGUGAUCGGAAAGACACUUUUCACUGAUGAUUUUGAAACGAAUGGCCAUUAGACAGAAAUGCAAUUCGUAUAUAAUUUGACAAAAUCGAUUGUUAAGUUGGAGUAUAUUCUAUCUAUGAUACUAUAUUCGCCUAAAUACAAAUUAAGAAUCUGUCAGAAAGUUCGUUUUUA